AAAAAUUUGACGUGUCCAAAAAUCAACAAAACAUUGCGAUAAUGUGAAUGCAUUACAUUGCUGACGGUUCAAAAGGACUAAAUGAUUUUAUCAAAGUUUCUCCUGAUUUCGUUCGAAUACACGAACGAGUUGUUUAUUGCUCUAAGUGCCGGAUUACCAGGUACCUUAGUUUUAAUACACCAUGGCUUAAAAACGAACCAAACAGCAAGAUCCUUUCUUGUUGCUAGUCUCACUUUAUUAAGCUUUAUGUUUGUGGCCAGAGAUAGGAGAAGGAGUAAACCAAGCAGAAGGAAAGUUAUUUUGAUAAGCGGGUGUGAUACUGGUUUGGGGUUUUCAUUGGCCCAGCAUAUUACUGGAUGCGGGUACACUGUAUUUGCUGGAUUUUUCAGCUUGGAAUCUGAAGGAGCUAAGCAGAUUAAACAAAGUUAUGAUCAAAAUGUAAUUAGUUUUAGUUUGGAUAUAACAAAGGAGGAAUCUAUUAAAAAAGCCGUUAUGACUUUGGAGAAUUUUCUUCUCAAUAACCCAAAAUAUAGUCUCUAUGCAUUAAUAAAUAAUGCAGGGGUUAUGGUUUUUGGAGAAUUUGAGUGGCUGACUGAAAAAUUAAUAGAAAAUCAAAUAAAUGUUAACUUAUGUGGCACUAUGAGGCUUACCAAGGCAUUUUGCCCCAUGCUUAGAAAGUAUCAAGGUCGUGUUAUUACAAUAACAAGUCAUUGCGCACAAGCAACACUGCCUGGUUUAAGUGUGUAUGGGGCUACAAAAGCUGCCCUAGCUGGAUGGAGCGACGGGUUACGAGUAGAACAAGCCAAAUAUGGGGUUAAAGUAGUGACAUUUAUCCCUGGAUCUUUUCCGACUGAAUCUCAUAUAAUGUCAAAACAAUUAUCAUAUGUUCAAGAAAUGCAUGAUAAUUUUACUGAAGAACAACAUCAAUUUUACAGCAACUAUUUUAAGAGGUAUAAUAUUUAUUUGUCUUACUUGUCUGGGCCGACUGUCCCCAAAAAAUUGUCCAAUUUUGGUUUGUAUCAAGAGUUUGAUAAUGCUUUGUUGGAAGAAAGUCCAAAACCUCUGUACAAAGUUGAGAAUUAUCGCUACUGGUUUUACCAUACUUUGUUUAAAUAUAGUCCAUACUGUCUUAGAGAUUAUUUUGUUACAAAAUUCAUGCUUAUGCCUGAGUAUAUACCUCCACAGUAAACAUGUUUUUUUUUUAAUAAAGU